AACACACAUGAGGUCGGAGUGGAGUCGGUUGAACUCACUGCGGUAUGGAACAAGACACCUUCAUUUCAUCAAUGACACGAGCAGGACGACAACGUAUGAACUUUAUCAACAUCAUAUGAGAUGAUUUAAUGACAAGACAGUAACUAGUCAAAGAGGGGAAGGUCUUGAACAGUCUCGGAGAAACGCCACAGAACGCACAAGAGGUUUCCAUUCUCUUCCAUUGUGCUCAAAGGAUGUUCGUCUUCACGCUCUGCCUGUUCUUAUGGUCCUGGCUGUCAUCCAUUCACGGUCUGGAGUUUCGCUAUCAUAACAGCAUGGAAAUGGAGCAGUACUUGAAAGACAUCAAUAAGACGUUUCCUGAUAUCACACAUCUACACAGUAUCGGCCAGUCCGUUGAAGGAAGAGAGCUCUGGGUCUUAAUACUGGGUCAACAUCCCAGAGAACACAGAACGGGCAUCCCUGAAUUCAAAUACGUGGGCAACAUGCACGGAAACGAGGUUGUGGGACGCGUGUUACUGCUUCAAUUGAUCGAUUAUCUAACCAGCCGUUACCUGAGGGAUCCACUGGUGACGCGUUUGUUGAACAGCAGUCGCGUGCACAUCCUGCCAUCCAUGAACCCGGACGGCUUUGAAUCGUCUGCCCGGGACUGCAUGUACACAGUUGGCCGGUACAAUAAGAACGGAGUAGACCUGAAUCGCAAUUUUCCCGACGCCUUUGAGAGCAACACCGAUCGGGAAAGGGAGAAGGAGGUCAGGGCCGUGAUGGACUGGCUAAAGACGGAAAGUUUCGUCCUCUCCGCCAAUCUCCACGGAGGGGCAGUGGUGGCCAGCUAUCCUUACGACAACAGCAACGGAGGAGGCGAGCUGCAGGGAGGCCAGAGCAUCUCUCCCGACGACGACGUGUUUAUCCACCUGGCGAAGACCUACUCCUACAGCCACAGCGAAAUGCACAACAGCAACAGCUGUUCCGACUCGCAGGACUUCACCCACGGCAUCACAAACGGAUAUUACUGGUAUCCUCUACCAGGGGGAAUGCAAGAUUAUAAUUACGUGUGGGCACAGUGUUUAGAGCUGACCCUGGAAAUCUCUUGCUGCAAGUUCCCUCCAGAGGCUCAGCUUCCCGGCCUGUGGGAGGCCAACAAACCCGCGUUACUGGCUUACAUGCAACAAGUACACCUAGGGGUGAAAGGAGUAGUGACAGAUUCCAAUGGGAAGCCUGUCCAAAAUGCUGUAGUGGAGGUGGUGGGGAGAAGGAACCUUUGUCCUUUUAGGACGGAUCGUAAUGGGGAAUACUACAGACUGCUGCUGCCUGGCAACUACACCAUCACAGUCACAUAUCCAGGACACAAGACUGUCCACCAGGCUGUUCGAGUGCCGUACGGUCCGGCUGCCUUCUCUGCCCUCGAGUGUAACUUUUGCCUGCAAAAGAGCGACUACGGCUCAGCGUUCGUGCCGCCGCCUCCUUCCUGCUCCACCCCGGCUCUGGAACACUCAGAGAGCGGCAGUGACACCCUGCUGCCUGGUGUGUUCACUAUGCUUACCUUAUUACUCCUCCAAAGACUGUUGGACUGAGGGAGCACUUAAGGACAAACUCAUUUUUGCUUCUCUUGCACACUUUUGUCACCCCUUUACACAAAUCACAUACCUGUGAUUAUCACAUUUUUUGACAUGGACUGCCCACAACCCACCAUACACAAAAACUGUUUUUUCCCAUUGUUUCCAACUAAAAUCCAUCUAAUUUUUCCGUAUGCCUUCAUGCCAUCUCAUUAUUCCGUAAUCAAUACUGAAAUGUACUAUUAUACUGAUGAAUGAAGAUUAUACAACUUGAAGGCUGUGUCUAUGAACCCACAUGUACAAAUUGUACUUGUUGGACAAACUUGCUACUUUUUACUCAUUUGCUUUAUCCUUUCAGUAAUUGCACAUGCUAUGACAAGCUAAUUCCUCUUCACCUAAUUGUCUCUUUGGAGCUGUGUAACAUGUUAAAAUGAAGCCAAAUGAAACCCGGUGCUCUUUCUACCUCGCUCGGUCUUGUGUUAAAGACUGACAGUGCCUUCAAUAAACACGUCAAACACAGGA